AUGUCGGGGGAUCAGCAUGUUGAUCGCUCUACUCAAGAAAGAGGUGAUGAAGAUCACGAUGAUGUAGUUGAUGCAAAGCCAGACAGAAGUAGCAGAUUCUCACUUUUGGGAAAAAAAAAAAAGAAUGGAGAAGAACAGCCGAAGUCCUCUCUCAGUAAUCAGUACCGAAUCGUUACACCCACAUUCCAGUAUAAUAUGGACUAUAAGAAAGUUGGCAAAUGUAUUAUUAUAAACAACAAAAAUUUUGAAGACAAAACAGGAAUGGGUACACGCAAUGGCACCGAUAAAGAUGCUGGAGAUCUAGCUAAGAGUUUUAGAAGCUUAGGUUUUGAGGUUUACACAUACAAUGACCGAAGCCGUGAUGACAUGGAAAAAUUACUGAAGCAAGCUGCUGAGGAGAAUCACAGUGAUGCCGCUUGUUUUGCCUGUAUCCUUCUAAGCCAUGGAGAAGAAGGCCUCAUCUAUGGCACUGAUGGACCCAUGGCUAUCAAGAGUUUGACUGCGCUAUUCAGAGGAGACAAGUGUAAAAGCCUUAUAGGCAAACCCAAAUUAUUUUUCAUUCAGGCAUGCAGAGGCUCUGAAUUUGAUGAAGGUAUACAAACUGACUCUGGACCUGCAAAUGACACUCUGGAAACAGAUGCCAAUCCGAGAUACAAAAUCCCAGUAGAAGCAGAUUUUCUGUUUGCAUAUUCCACAGUGCCAGGUUAUUACUCCUGGAGGAAUCCUGGAAGAGGCUCCUGGUUUGUGCAGUCUCUGUGCUCUGUGCUAAAUGAGCAUGGAAAACAACUUGAGAUCAUGCAGAUCCUCACACGGGUCAACUAUGUAGUUGCCACAAAUUUUGAAUCACAGUCUGACGAUCCACGCUUCAGUGAGAAGAAGCAGAUUCCCUGCGUGGUCUCUAUGCUCACUAAGGAACUUUACUUCUGAAAGUGUACUUUCAGUACAGUGAUGAAAGAUCAGGAUAUGGUUUUGGGUGGAGAUUUGGUUAUAAACUGGAGUAACACAUUUUUAGUAACAAAUGUAAUUACACUAGAUUUUUAUAUUGUAUAAGCUGGGGUAUCUGAUGGAUGGACAAUAUGCAAGAUUUUAAAGAAGAAAUAAAUGCUGUGGGCCAACCUGACAGCUAAUACUAAUUAAUGUAUCUUGAUUUCCCUUAGUGUCAGGCUGUCAUGAUUUAUGGCUACUGAAGAUGUUCUGAGAGUCAGCUACAUGACCCAUAAAGGUUUAUUCCAGAAAACAGAUUGUAAAUUAAGAACAAAAAAAUUAAAUCAUGAGACUCCAUCUUUUCUUUCACUGCUAGCUCAUGGAACCAUAACUUCCUCGGAAAUUUCCAAAGACCAUCAUAUUAUGGGUAUGUCCAGUGAUGAAACAGUUUGUAGCUUUUUAAAAGGGUGUUUCUUAGUCUAAUCUAUUCAUUUCCUUUUUAUGAACAUUAUUAAUGAAGACUAAUGGUUGCUCUGUGCUUAAUCUGGACGUCAAUUUACUUAGUUAUCACUCUAGCA